AUGUCUCGCUCUCCAAGUCCUGAGAAUCCUGCCUUUGACAAUCAACAGGACUUUGGCAAUGCAUGUCUCUUGGAAGGUGCUGAUGAAGCAUUCAUGCUGGAACAGGGUGUACAGUUGGGGCCUCUAUUCCGGACAUUCCACCUGCAUCUCACAGGAUGCAAGUGCAAUGUCCAUGGCAACUUCAUUGACCAGAAUGCCCUCCCACCACCUCGAACUGAAGCAUUACCCACCAACUGGACCCCAUAUGAAAAUUGGGUCGCAUUUGAGACAGCGGAAUUCCUCUAUACAUGUAACCAAAUGUCUGCAGGGCAGAUUGACACCCUUCUUGACCUCUGGGCAGCCACACUUAUCAAACAUGACGACAGUCCUCCAUUCACCAGCCACUGUGAUUUAUAUGAGACUAUCAAUUCAACUCCUCUUGGUGAUGUUUCCUGGCAGACUUUCUCAAUGUCCUAUAGUGGAACCAGACCAGCUGAGAAUGUUCCACCAUGGAUGACUGCUGAGUAUGAUGUGUGGUUCCACAAUCCACAUCUACUGGUUCACAAUAUGCUUUCAAACCCUGACUUUGCUGCCAAGAUUGAAUAUGUCCCAUAUUGGGACUAUACAGAUGAUAAUAAAUGUUGUUACAAGAAUUUUCUCUCUGGUGAUUGGGCUUGGAAGCAAGUGUAUGUUGCUAUACAGGAUAUUAUCACAUGGGAUCCAGAAACUCACGGAUCAAUGUUUGUGCCCCUGACCAUUGGCAGUGACAAGACUAUGGUCUCAGUUGCCACAGGACACACUGAAUACCAUCCGCUCUAUUUAUCGAUUGGGAACAUUUUCAAUGGAGUUUGGUGCGCACAUCACAAUGGUGUGGUAUUGGUGGGCUUUUUGGCCAUUCCAAAAAGCACAAAGGAACAUUUACAUGAUAAAGACUUUCGCAAUUUCCGCCAUCAGAUGUUUCACUCCUCACUUGCCAAGAUUUUUGAGCUUGUGAAGUUGAAUAUGAUGGUUCCCGAUGUUGCACGCUGUCCUGAUAGCCAUUAUCGGCGUGUUAUCUAUGGGUUAGGCCCAUACAUUGCUGAUUAUCCUGAGCAGGUGGCUCUUUCUGGAGUAGUCCAAAACUGGUGUCCAAAAUGCUUGAAUAACUGCAAAAAUCUCGAUGGUGAUGGUGAACCUUUACUCCGGUGCAGACAUCACACCAACCUCGUGGUUCAGGAGCUCCCACACACCCACCUCUGGCAUGAGUAUGGAAUCAUCCAAGAGGUCAUGCCUUUCACGAAUGAUUUCCCUCAAGCAGAUAUCCACAAACUUCUCUCUCCAGACAUCCUGCAUCAAAUCAUCAAAGGCACAUUCAAAGAUCACCUUGUCGACUGGGUAGAACAAUACUUGUUGCUCACACACUGGGCUUCAGAUGCAGCAGAAAUCAUGGACAACAUUGAUCGAAGGUCUGCGGCGCUUUCCAGAAGGGCAUGGAUUCAAGCAGUGGACCGGUGA